GUGUGCAGACUGUGGAGACGAAGCCUUUCUUAUAUAAAUCACAACCGUUCGCAUCAGAAUUUGUUGUGAUUACUGCACUAACGAAGCUGCCCAGCUUCAAACGCAGAUAUUAACCUUGCUGAUUUAACGUUAUCUAUAUAAGGCCAAACAAAGCGGCGAAGCUUAAUUACUGCGAAUUCGUAUUCUCUUGUGGUUUGUGUAUAGCAGAGAUCGGAGAUCGAUCGGGAGAGAUGGAAAACAUGGCACCGGGAUAUCGGUUCUACCCAACUGAAGAGGAACUGAUUACCUUCUAUUUGCGAAGAAAGCUCGAAGGAGAUCAGAGGGAGGACAUCAACCGGGUCAUACCUGUGCUUGAUAUUUAUGAAUAUAAUCCUUGGGAUCUCCCACAGGUGUCGGGAGAGGCGAGCCUGAGAGACACGGAGCAGUGGUUCUUCUUCAUUCCGAGGCAAGAAAGCGAAGCUCGCGGAGGAAGACCAAGACGACUCACAACAACAGGCUACUGGAAGGCCACUGGCUCUCCUAACCAUGUCUAUUCCUCUGAGAAUCGCGUCAUCGGCAUGAAAAGAACCAUGGUUUUCUACAACGGAAGAGCCCCCAACGGCCGCAAAACCGAUUGGAAGAUGAACGAGUACAAGGCCAUCGGAGGCCAGCCAUCCUCAACUCGCCCAUCUCCUCUGCGCUGCUUUGAUUUGCAGUUAAGGCAGGAAUACAGUUUAUGCAGGGUGUACAAGAAAUCAAAGUGCCUGCGAGCGUUUGAUAGAAGGCCACCUCCGAUGAGGGAGAUGGAUGCUAAUGAGGGCUCUAGCUCAGCGACGUUUCAUCAACAAGUUCAAAACCCAGCAUCGGGUUCAUCGAGUAGACCCAUAGGGACCGCAAGCUCUCCAGAGAGUUCAUCAUCAGGAGACCAUGGCCAAGCUUCGCAUAGUGGGGAAGCGACGACGGGUCAAAUGGAUUUGGAGGAUGAGCCCUUGUUGGAUUGGGAGCAAAUUGACUGGUUUCUUGCCAAGCAUGACUCAACCGUGUGAACCCAGGAAAUUCAAACACUGGAUCGGAAUAUAUAUAAUAUCGCCACCUUAUCUUCUACAAUAAGUUCUCACGUCAUGAUGUCUAUAGAUCCGACUAGAAAUUUCUCCUCUUGCUCAUGGAUGUUUCUGAGCCAUAUCUAUCCCCGCUUUAAUUUAUCUCUUAUUUAUUUUUCAGUUAAUUAAUUAUAUCGCUGAUUAUUUUAUCAAGUUUUGUAGAGACGUUUAACAUUAUGGUUCAUCUCGGUUUCUGACCACUUA